AUGUUUAAUCAACAAACUACGCACUUAGCGAUAAAUUAUUCGAAAAUACCGGACUUUUCUGUAAAUUCGAACAAUAAAGAUAAAUCGAAUGAUGAUAUAUGUCCAAAAGAUGGUAGGACUAGCGAUUUAAGUAAAAGCGAUGAUGACAUGCCUAAAACCUCAAGUACGAUACAACCAUUUAUUAAUUUAAAUAAUGGAGGUAUUUCAACCACGUGA